AUGAAGAACAAGGACGACACUGGCACGCGCCACUGGGAUCCAUUCGUGCCGUUCGCCGCUCGUGUUAUAGAGGAGUUACAGCAUUCUGUUGGUGACGAUUAUGGGCCUAUCCUGUCUCCUAUGCGGUCAAUGGCCUCCUUGAAGACAAUGGCUCCUGUUAUCGGGCAACCUACGUUUCCUAAUCGCGAGAUCCUCUAUCUCAAGGUUACCAGUGUACUCUGGCUGCUUGCUGAACUCAUAGAAAAGCAGAAAGAGCGACAUCUGGCUCCGAACCGUCAGCGUCGUCUACGGUCUUUACACAUUCAGGGUGUAUGA